UGGUGGUGCAACGUCCUCCUGCACUCACAGGACGCAUGAGAGCUGAGGAUAGUCGGAGCAAACUGAAGCACAUUUGGUGUCCAAGUCAGUCUACCUCCCGGAGUGACCAUGAGAGUCCUGCUACUCAUCUGUCUGCCAGUUCUGCUGCUCGCCCAGGCUCAGUACCAAGAACGGUUUUCUUUUUUGGAGGACUAUGGCCCGGAUUAUUUUCCAGACUCUGAAAAUCCUGAUUCUCCUCCUGGAACCUUCCAGCAACAGGUUCGCCUCGAGCCAGUGGUCCGUCCAGAAAAAUCUGAGUCCGAUUUGGAGACGGAACCAACAGAGCCCGGCCCUCUGGACUGCAGAGAGGAGCAGUAUCCCUGCACCCGACUCUACUCCGUUCACAAGCCAUGCAAGCAGUGCUUGAACAGCCUCUGCUUCUACAGCUUGCGACGGGUGUACAUCAUCAACAAGGAGGUUUGCGUUCGGACUGUGUGCGCACAUGAAGAGUUGCUCAGAGCGGACCUCUGUCGUGAUCAGUUCUCUCGCUGUGGCGUAGCGGCGCUGAGCGGCCAGUGUGCAUCAAUAGGAGGAAGCUGCGGGAAGAGCUGUGGUGGCUGCUGAUUGAGAAGAGUUCAGGGACACUACCUGCCCAGACACUGCCGCUUUCUCUAUCACUCAUCCACAUCCUCUUCAUCUGUCUUUCUUCCUCCACGUUUCUCCACUUUGCCUUAUUAGUCCUUUUUUGUUGUGUUCAUAUUUUUUCUUUACACAUGUAUGUCUGCCCAGUAGAUCUGGUGUGUAUGGAUGAAUAACCUCCAAAAGAACAUUGAUGAUUGUAUGAAUCACUGGUGCUAUAAAAUAAUCACACUGGUGCAAUAAAAACUAGUAGAGAUGCACAUAAAACUG